UCUGACUGCUCUCGAUUUCAAUGUGAUCGUGUUUCCAGUGAGCCUGGUUCAAUGAAACCAGGUCAAUGUCCUGACCCGAAGAACAUUCCACUGUCUGCUAAAAACUGUGUCCAUGAUGGCCAGUGUCCUGCCACACAGAAAUGUUGCCCAACCACCAGUGGCCAUGCAUGCAGUGAACGAAGCGGACAGGGCCAGGGAAGCGGCCAGGGCUCCGGUAGCGGCCAGGGACGCGGACAGGGAGGCGGCCAGGGUGCCGGAGGCGGCCAGGGCACCGGUAGUGGACAGGGAGACGGCCAGGGCGCGGGUAGCGGCCAGGGUGCCGGCCAGGGCCAGGGAAGCGGCCAGGGUGCCGGCCAGGGCCAGGGAAGCGGCCAGGGUGCCGGCCAGGGCCAGGGAAGCGGCCAGGGUGCCGGCCAGGGAAGCGGACAGGGCCAGGGUGCCGGCCAGGGAAGCGGCUAUGGUGGAACUGGUAGUGGACAGGGAGUUGAUGGCCAGGGAACUGGUAGUGGACAGGGAGUUGGUCAGGGAAGCGGCUAUGGCCAGGGAACUGGUAGUGGACAGGGAGUUGGUCAGGGAAGCGGCUACGGUCAGGGAAGCGGCUACGGCCAGGGAUCUGGUAGUGGCCAGGGAGUUGGUCAGGGAAGCGGCUACGGCCAGGGAACUGGUAGUGGACAGGGAGUUGGUCAGGGAAGCGGCUACGGUCAGGGAAGCGGCUACGGCCAGGGAACUGGUAGUGGACAGGGAGUUGGUCAGGGAAGCGGCUACGGUCAGGGAAGCGGCUACGGCCAGGGAUCUGGUAGUGGCCAGGGAGUUGGUCAGGGAAGCGGCUACGGUCAGGGAAGCGGCUACGGCCAGGGAACUGGUAGUGGACAGGGAGUUGGUCAGGGAAGCGGCUACGGUCAGGGAAGCGGCUAUGGCCAGGGAACUGGUAGUGGACAGGGAGUUGGUCAGGGAAGCGGCUACGGUCAGGGAAGCGGCUAUGGCCAGGGAUCUGGUAGUGGCCAGGGAGUUGGUCAGGGAAGCGGCUACGGUCAGGGAAGCGGCUACGGUCAGGGAUCUGGUAGUGGCCAGGGAGUUGGUCAGGGAAGCGGCUACGGUCAGGGAUCUGGUAGUGGCCAGGGAGUUGGUCAGGGAAGCGGCUACGGUCAGGGAUCUGGUAGUGGCCAGGGAAGCGGUCCGUGAUGUGGUCAGGGAAAUUGUGGUCUUUGAAACUUUACUUGGCAUUUUGCAUAACGCCUACUGGAGAUCUUUUCAAUUCAGUGCUGUGUUCAUAAGAAUUUUUCCCUUUUUGCUACAACAUUUCAGAAAGACUGUAUCUCUCCUGUAUCGCCUCCUUCCCUUAAAUAAAAAGAAAAUUGCUUGAUU